AUGCGUAAAACAACCAGAGCUUUUUUAAUUGUCCUUCAUGGCUUUUUGGGCCUGACCCUCGCCUAUUCUAUUCGUAUUAUUCUAUCCCCUGCAAUCAUGCGCUUAACCAAGAUGCAUGGGUGGGACGAAGGUCUUCAGGGAAUUUUGCUUUCUGCUUUCUAUUGGGGAUAUAUGGUGCUUCAGGUCCCCGGCGGCUACCUUUCCCAUCGUUUUGGGGCUAAAUGGGUCAUGGUACUUUCUCUUUUAGGCUCUGCCUUGCUAAAUUCCGUGAUCCCUAUUCUCGGAUCGAGCCUUGAACUUUCCUUCCUUGUUCGCUUUGCUUGUGGCCUUUUGCAGGGCAUGUAUUGGGUCUCGACGCUCAAUAUAAUUUCAACCUGGGUCUCCAAAGCACAAAUGUCUCUUGCCGUUUCAUUCGCUCUUGCCGGACAGCACUUUGGAAGCGCUUUAAUCCAGGGGCUUUACGCGCCAAUUGCCUCUGCUUUCCAAUGGUAUACUCCAUUCCAUUUGUUGACCGGACUCACCAUUCUAUGGACCAUCUCUUGGACCUUUUUUGGGAAAAGCCGUCUCUCGGAAUCAGAUAAAAGAGAAGAGGCAAUGUCUUCGAUAGACUCGGAGCGCUCCUCGAUAGCUCAGUCCGAUGCGCCUGGUCAAGACUUGACCUUCAAAGAAACACUUUCUUACAAAGAGGUAUGGGCCUUUGUGAUUGUAUUGUUCUGCUACAACUGGUCCUUCUACUUUCUCGUCAGCUAUUUGGUCAAAUUCCUACAUCUUCAUCUCGGAUUUUCUGAAACCACCUCUGGUUUGUAUUCGUUCUCUGCAUAUGGCCUCUUAUGUCUUUCGCUGACUGCAAGUGGAAAAUUUACGUCUGCCGUCAUUGCUAGCGGCAAAAUGAACGUAACAAAAGUUCGAAAAUACGGCGUUGCCAUUGGCAUAAUUCCAUCGGCAGUUUUGAUUUUCCUCAUCCCUGUGCUCUAUAAUUAUGUAUCCGCAUCUGCCUUGGCAGCCAUUUUGGUCGCUGCGAUUGCCAUCUCUGGAAUUGCUCAUGGUUCGUUUAUGACCAAUCCUGUUGACUUGAAUCCCAUUAAUCCUGGUGUCAUUGGCGGCCUUGGAAAUACGAUUGCCACGAUUCCCGGAAUAAUAGUUCCCAUUAUUAAUGGCGCAAUUCUUAAUUCUGGCGGCUGCUCCACAGACCCUAUAUCAUUGCAAUGCUGGAAUGCAUGGAGAAUUUUAUUUAUAGUUUCUGGAUCCCUUUAUGUGGUUGGCCUAGCCGUUUGGCUCGCGUUUUCUUCUGGAAAACCGUUGAACCAAGAAUCAAAGAGAGUUUCCAAAUUAAUUCCAUAUUAA